AUGUCAGACGCUGAGCAGGCGAGCCAGGCGGGCGAGCUUGGCCCGACACCGCAGGGCAGCCAACAGCUGCAGCAGCAGCAGCUGGAGCAGCGGCAGUGCGCUUCAGAAGAAGCUCCUGGGGAGAGCGGCCAUGACACUGGGGACCCUGGAGAAGCAGAAGAUACUAAUGAGCUCACCCCAAACGACGUAGUCGACACAGAAGUAAACGAGUCAGAUGAACCAGCUGAACCCACGGGAGGGGCACAGACAGAUGGCCCCUCUGCCGAUGGGCCCUCUGCGGAGGGGCUCCCUACCGAGGGGCCCCCUGGCGUCUACGAGGCAGAUGGCGACGUCAGCCACGCUGAGGGCGCUGCUGCCGAUGGGCAGGUUGCUGAAGAAUGGAAUGAAGGGCAGGAGGGGCCCCCAGGAGAAAAGGAGUUCCCCGGGCCAGAAGGGCCCACGGGGGAGGUGCAGCCACGCGGAGAUGAGCAGAACCCAAGAGAGGAGUUGCCUGCAGAAGGAGAGGAGCCACCAGGGGAGGAGGGGCCCCCAGGGGAGGAGGGGCCCCCAGGGGAGGAGGGGCCCCCAAGCGAAGAGGGGCUUCCGGGAGGCGAACAACAGCCAGAAGAAGCACAGCCAGAAAAUGAAGGGGUCCCAGUUGAAGGGAGUCUCCAGAGAGUAGACGGGUCUCAGGCCGGGGUAGUGUCAGAGGGAAGUCCAAGUGAAGAAGCUGAAGGAAUGCAGUCGCCGGAAGCUGCAGCAGCAGCAGCAGCAGCAGCAGCACAGGGAGAAUCAGGAAGCCAGAUCCUAGAGGGCUCACAAGGGGAGGCCUCAGCGAAGAUGGGUUCUAAUUCUGUCAGCCCUCGCGAGGGCAGCGGGGGCUCUCGAGGCAGCAGAAACUUGGAAGGUCCUGACUUAGCAGCAGCAGCUGAUGCAGAAACUGCUGCAGAGGCGGCCCUUGGAGAAGCAGCAGAAGCGGAACUGUUGGGAGGGCCGGCAGCAACUGAGGGGCCCCUCAACAGUCAAGGCAGUGCAGCACAUGUAGAAGAGGAGCAGCAGCAAGAAACUCUGGGGCAGCUUGGCUCUGCUAAUGCGCUGGAGGGAGCAGCAGCAGCAGCGCGGGGCAGUGGGGCUCUCUCGGGUAGCCCUGAAGAGCGAGCAAGAGGGGAAGCUUACGGAGUUGGAGAGUCUUCUCUUGUUCGCCUAGGCUCAAGAGCUGCAGCAGAAGGGCCACUUGAUAUUGCAGUCACAAUGCCAACUCCUGACGGGCUCCGCCGGCGCAGCGUGAGGCGUCCUAGUUCAGUUCUCAGUGGGCAAGGGCUGGGGGGUCCCCCCGAGGCCUCUGCCCAGGGCUUGGCUCCUAUGGGGGACCCCGAAGACCCCGAAAGGGGCCCCCAAGAAAGAAACAGCCACAGCCUUGAAAACCAAGACGGCACCAACGAUGCCUCCUGGGAUUCAUUUGAAGAGUCUUCUCAAGCUGUGCAGGCUCCCACAGACGAAGCUGCUGAGGACAAAAGGCGUGACAAGAUGCUGCUGCUUUGGUUGGGAUCCUUUUCCCUCCUGGUAGCGGUGGCCUUCAUCUGCCUAACUGUAUUCGCAAGCCUCACUGGCAAGAGCCCGCCGGAGGCCCCUGCUCCUCCAGAUGAGACUUGUCAAGCAGGCGAAUGGAGCGAGUGGGUUGUAUGCCCCGCUGCCUGCGGAGAAAGUGAACAAGUGCGGGAGCGGCGAAUCCUGGCGUUGGGUCUAAGUGAGCGGCGAGUGACAUUCUCUGCUUUAGGCACAGACACAGCAACUGGCAAGAAAUACUGGCGUGUGCAGUUCAUAAUUCUAGUUGAUACAACACUUCCAGGCGAAGAUCCAGACGCAGAUCUUGGCCAAGAUCCAGAGCGCGCCUUGCAGUUGCUCGCUGAAAAAGUGAAGAACCCAUCAUUGCCAAUUUACGCCACCUUAGACGGUGUCCUGCCUGGUCUGGAGGCUGACUCGCCCUUUCGUCUGCAGGCCUACAAAGCUAGUCGUGAGUUCAAGAUCCAGCGCAGUGCCAACUUUGAAUACUGUGCACUCUCAUAG